CACUCGUCAUUCCCAGCUGCUAUCCUGCUCCAGCGAAAAAGAACUCCUUUAAAAACAGCUUCCUCCGUCUUCUUCUUCUUCAAAGCUUCAGCAUCUUCCUUCUUAUCUCAAUUCCUCUCAUUCUCUCAUGCCCAUAUUGCAAAACAUUCUCUUCCUCCUCCUUCCUUCUCUCCUCACCCUCUUCUUUUACUUUUAUCUCUUCCUAUGGAAGAGAUCAAAGCCCACCCCCAACCUCCCUCCCGGCCGCCGCUGCCAGCUCCCUUUCUUCGGUGAAACUUUCUCCUACCUCAAAUCCCACUCAGCCAUCACCACCGGCCACUUCAUGCAACAUCAAAUAGCCCGGUAUGGAAAGAUCUACCGAUCUAAUCUUUUUGGUGAUCCGACGAUCGUUUCGGCGGACGCAGGGCUGAACCGAUUCAUCCUGCAAAACGAAGGCCGGCUAUUCGAGUGCAGCUAUCCUAAGAGCAUCGGUGGAAUUCUCGGCAAGUGGUCGAUGCUGGUGCUCGUCGGAGAGAUGCAUCAAAGCAUGAGGAUGAUAGCUCUCAAUUUCAUGAGCAACGCUCGCCUCCGCUCCAUACUCCUCCCAGAGAUUGAAAGACACACGCUUUUAGCAAUCUCUUCCUGGAAGGAAGAUGUCUCCUUCUCCGCUCAAGAUGAAGCAAAGAAGUUUACUUUUAACUUGAUGGCUAAGAACAUCAUGAGCAUGGAGCCAGGGGAGAUGGAGACUGAGAAGCUGAGGAAGGAGUACAUAACAUUCAUGAAAGGAGUGGUGUCUGCACCGUUAAAUCUUCCUGGAACUCCAUACUCAAAGGCCUUGAAGUCGAGAUCGAAUAUUCUUCGAGUUAUUGAGAAGAAGAUGGAGGAGAGGAGUCAUGAAAGAAAUGAAGAGAAGGAAGAAGAAGAUGAUCUCUUGGGCUGGGCUUUGAAACAAUCUUCUCUAUCAAAGGAGCAGAUUUUGGAUCUUCUUCUCAGUCUCCUCUUUGCAGGCCAUGAGACCUCUUCUAUGGCUUUGGCUCUCACUAUUUUCUUCCUUGAAGGCUGCCCAAAAGCUGUUCAACAACUAAGAGAAGAGCAUCAAAUUAUUGCUAGGAGGAAAAUGGAAAGAGGGGAGACAGGUCUAGACUGGGAGGAUUACAAGCAAAUGGAGUUUAGUCAGUGUGUGAUUAAUGAGACACUUCGGCUUGGGAAUGUAGUGAGGUUUGUUCAUAGAAAGGCCAUUCAAGAUGUGCGUUAUGGAGACUAUGAUAUCCCUUGUGGAUGGAAAGUUCUUCCAGUGUUUGCUGCUGUUCAUUUGGACUCAGACCUUUACAAUGAGCCUCAGCAAUUCAAUCCAUGGAGAUGGCAGAGAUGUUCGACCGGUGCGGCUUCAAAUAAUAAUUUUAUGCCAUAUGGUGGCGGGCCGAGGCUAUGUGCGGGUUCAGAACUAGCGAAGCUAGAGAUUGCGAUAUUCUUGCACCACCUAGUGAUCAAAUUUCGAUGGGAGUUGACAGAGCCCGACUGUGCCUACGCCUUUCCCUUCGUCGAAUUCCCCAAAGGGCUCCCUAUCAAAGUCCAUGCGAUUACAUAAGAUCUUGUUUGUAAAAAUUAACAAGAGGGAGGGAGGGUAAGAGGGUUUGUCAUAAGCAGAUUUCAUUUAGGAAAAUUUUUAUAUUGCUUUCUAAAGCAGCUUUUUAAUUCAAAACUUUUUUUGCACUGAAAAGCUGCAUUUGAAAUCAAUAAAAAAGUUGUCCCAAAUGAAACAUUGGAGUGAUGACGGGACCAAUUCAAAGCUCUUGUGUAUUUAUGGAGAAGAGCGUGAAUGUAGUUUCUUAAAGGUUACCCAACUUUUGCUCAUAUUGUAAAGCAUUCCAUGCUAAUUAACUUCAUUUCUUUGCCAUUUA